ACCGGCAGCACUAAACAAAUUGUGUUUGCAUCGUACUUUCUACUGUAUCAUUGUGUUUCAUUUCAUCCUGUCCAGGACGAACACAAUCGAAAGGAAGCCCCACAAACUCCUCUACCUGGAGAGAAAGCCCCCGGGGAACCCGAGCCGGAGGAAAAUAAGCCGAACAAGACCCAGCAACUCAAAAAGGUCUUCAAGGAAUACGGAGCUGUGGGCGUUUCCUUCCACGUGGGGAUCUCCCUCAUGUCUCUGGGAAUGUUCUACCUCCUCAUUUCAAGCGGUAUCGACAUGGCGUCCGUGCUAAGCAAGCUGGGCUUCAGCGAGGCCGUCAUCCGCUCCAAGAUGGCGGCGGGGACCAGCACGUUCGUCCUGGCCUACGCCGUUCACAAACUAUUUGCGCCCGUGCGCAUCAGCAUCACGCUGGUGUCUGUGCCGUUCAUCGUGCGGCACUUCCGAAGGACGGGACUCUUCAAGCCGCCCAAGUCUGCGCCCUAAUCAGUGUCAUGUGACUGUUGGCUGCCAUUGUGCUUUGGGCAAUGGGGGAGACCCUUGGAACUUUUUUGACUGCUGUGACCCGAGCUUACAGCAACUAGAGUGAAGGAAAAGAAAAUACAUGACAAAUGCUAUUUGCUAUCAGGGAGUUUUUACUUGUGCUUUCUUUGUUUUUUUUUUUCCCCCAAAUCCGUGACGUCAAACGCUUCCUGUAAUGACACAAGACCUUCCCAUUCAUUUUCUUGACUCUUGUUACAUCUCCCCCUGCAUGCUAGAGACUUUGUAUCCAAUUUAUUCUUGUAAAAAGAAAAAAAGAAGAUACUCUCUGAGGAAAAUACACUUUUCCUUCCUUUUUUUUUAAAUUAUGGGAAUUAAACAAAUCUUUCUUUUAAAUAAACUUCACCAUAAAAUCUUAGAGCAUUGAGUCUGGAUUUCCUGGCUCAUAAAAUCUUCGCCUUUUUUAACUUUCCUGUUUCCUCACAUACUUAUUUGAAAAAUGACUUCUUAUUUCACUCAAUAGUCCUUUUCUUGACUGAUCCCAUUUUCUUUCUCCCCUGCAUGUUAUGAAUGAGCGUACCGUAUUUAUAUUUGAUUUGCUUGCAUAAAGCUGCACAAUAAAUCAUACAUUUUCUGACCAAUGA